AAGUUCAUCCCGCCUUUUCCGCGGCGCCAUCUUACCGUGGGUGGCACGUGGCGUUUUCCUGAAAAAAACUGGUGAAAAUUACAAUUUUCUCAUCAGAUUGGAGGUGCUAACCAGUGCAGGAUGGUUAAGGGCAAGGCUGUCGUUGCCACGAAGUUGGCUUCUGGCGUGAAGCCCAGCGCAGAUACCAUUAAAAAGGAUAAAGACAAGAACCCGAUGAGGGACAUCAAGAUCCGAAAGCUCUGCUUAAACAUUUGCGUUGGUGAGUCCGGCGAUCGUUUAACUCGCGCUGCCAAGGUGUUAGAACAACUCACGGGCCAAACUCCAGUGUUCUCCAAGGCCCGUUACACAGUGCGAUCCUUUGGUAUCCGUCGUAAUGAGAAGAUUGCUGUCCACUGCACCGUUCGUGGUGUCAAGGCCGAGGAGAUCCUCGAAAAAGGACUGAAGGUCCGCGAGUACGAGCUGCGCAAGGAUAUGUUUUCUGAUACCGGUAAUUUUGGCUUCGGCAUCCAGGAGCACAUCGAUCUGGGAAUUAAGUACGAUCCGUCAAUUGGUAUCUACGGUCUUGAUUUCUUCGUUGUUUUGGGUCGCGCCGGUUACAACGUGCCCCACCGUCGGAGGAAGACCGGCACAGUCGGAAUCCAACACCGUCUAACGAAGGAGGAAUCAAUCAAAUGGUUCCAACAGAAGUACGAUGGUAUCAUUUUGCCCCCGAAGAAGAAGUAAACGGGUGAAAACCAAUCCAGGUCCACAUACAGCAGACGACCCGUUUACGCGGAAGACCGUUGUGGACUUUUUUUCGAUAAAGAAAUAAGGGAUGGUUGAUAAUGAAAAAAAGAUGUAUGGUGUUUUUCUUUCAAUCUAUCGCAUUAUUUUGGGUAUUUAGUGGAGGUAUCAUGCUAGACGUAUGUAUACGCUUUAAACUGGGCUUGCUGAACAGAGACGCAAUUGGACAUUGGGGGAAUUACUGUCGACGACGUAAAUACCUACGGAUGAAACAGCAACUCUUAAAGGGUAUGUUGUAAUUGUCCAUCGUUUAUUUAGAAAAUGUGCACCCUGUGCGUGGACUAUUUCAUAGCUGUUCUGGUAAGCUAGUUACCAAUUAAGUGCAAUACUAUGGUUAUACAUGGUAUAUAUUUGGCUGGCAAAACCGCACAUUUAUGAUUAAGUAAAAUUUUUUUAUAGCUGUCACUAUCUCGAUAAGUGACUAAAAACGAAAGCAUUUUUAUUUAAAAUUGAUUAUAGUAUUGUAAUAACAUUACCACAAAAAGUAUUGCUCAUAGGU